ACCGUUGCGGAUUUAUGUAAGAAGGGAACGCUCUUGUUCUUCUCAAACACUCUUUGUGAAAACAUUUACUACGUCAUUACGUCGUGUUUGAACGUGGCGGCGCGAUACCGAGCAGCGGUGUGUAGCAAACCCAAGUUUUCACUUCGUUAACCACAGCAGCGUUUAGUUGGGAAAGAAUCGUAGAAAUAUGAAAUAAGGCUGUAAUUGAAUGGCAUUUGACGUCUUAUCAAAUUGAGUGUACCUGAUCGAACUGAUCAAAUACGACUGUCAAAGCGAAAUCUUUUGACUUCAAUGGCUUGCAAGUUAAGUAGCCUGUUCAGCAUCGGAGAUGAUUUUGACGACGAGGACCUGUUGGGGACAGACUGGGCUGUCCACUCAGAGUCUGGACCAGCCGAUGUGGCAGCUGCUGUAUCAUCAUGUUCUCUGCAGUCUUCCUCUGUUUCUCGCAGAGAGCCGGGGGGAAAUGGCCCUCAGCAGACGGGAGAGAGAUCAGCUGCUCUGUGUAACGGCACAGCAUCCAAGAGCAGCACGCACACAGCUGCUGGACAAACUGUUGCUCUGGGGUUGAGGCAGCUCUCCUCGUCCUCUUCGUCUAAUCAACGCCAAUCCCUCCCUCCUUCAUCAAUCAAUAACUCUGCGCCUAAUUUGGCCGCAAAAAAGAGUAGCGCUGACGUCGGUCGCCCGCUAAAGCCCAGAGGGGCUCAGGAUGACUUUGACGACUGGGAUGUCGACCUGGCAGACUUGGAUGGGUUUGACAGUCAGAUUGGGCAGCCGCUUCAACCUUCUGCUCAAGCAAUACGUGCACCCUCAGUUGAUACUGCAUCUUCAGCCAAAACGCUGCGUCCCCCAACUUGUGGGAUGAUCCACGCACAAACAAAUUUGAGUCUGAGAGAGCUCAACACAACCCACCAGAGUCUAUUAGCGUCUAAUCAUGACGUACGUCCUCAGAGUCCCUCCACUCCUCGAUUUCGACCGCCAAACCCUCGCGCUCCUUCCAUGUCAGCCCCUCCACGGACUCCAGUCCCCAGCCCCGUUUCCAGGACACUCAUCAGGCCCCACCAGCCACAGAGACAAUGGGCGACUCCAGGAACCUCUCCUCAGGCACGUGGCCUCUUUGAAACAGUCACCCCGGCGCCCUCUCCCGCCAACUCCUCCUCCCUGCCCCUUCAUCCCCAUCACACGCCGGUCCUCACCAACCGCCUGGUUCAGCUGGUAUCUGCGUCCAAUAAGCUUCCCAAGAAGAGGCCUCGCUCUGACCCUCACAGACCCAGGACGCGGCGCUUCCCCGGCCCCGCUGGACUCCUGCCUCAACAGCCACAGGGCCAGAGCAUGGAUGAAAUAGUGGUUUCUGUUCCUGUGACUCCCGCUCACGGUGCUGCUGCACGGUUACCAAGCCAGGGCUCCAGCUCGCAGACUGAGGAAGACGACUUCAGCGGCGGCGCCUGGGCAUCCAUGAAGGCCGAGACGGGAUUGGAUGAGAGGAACCCUUCGUGCUUCCUGCACUCGUACAGCGUCGUCAUGGUGCUACGAAAGGCUGUGCUGAAACAGCUGGCAAGAAACAAAGUGCCCAACAUGGCCGUGCUCCUGAAGAGCAUCAUCCACACGCAUGCUGACGCCAAGGCCGUGUUUAAAGACCCCACAGGGGAGAUUCAGGGAACGGUGCAUCGGCGCCUCCUAGAGGACAGAGUUGAGGAGCUGAAGGUUGGAGCCGUGCUGCUUCUCAAACAAGUGGGUGUGUUUUCCCCCUCCCAUCGAAACCAUUACCUGAAUGUGACUCCAAACAACCUGCUGAGGAUCUACGCCCCUGAUGGAGUCGGCUCGUCAUCCACCCAGCUCCCCCCAAUCGUCCUGGAGCCGAUGUCGCCCUCUCGCUCUCGUAGUGUCAGCCGGGAGCCCGUGUCUCGGAUGCACCUCAUGUUUGACGAGGAGGAUGACGAGGGAGAGGAGGGGAGCAAAGGCAAUCAAGCCUCAGCGGACAUUACAACCAGCUCCACGAGGGGCCCCCAAGAGGCUGCUGGGAAGUCAGCAGCACAGGACUCGGGCUGGGAUGCAGAUGACGACCUGGAUGACCUGCUGGGAGAAUUACCCGAGGACACCUACAGCCUUUAAUGUUCUUUUAGAGCCUAGAACUUCUGCACAGACUCUCUCACUACUGUUCCUUUACUUUACACAUAAACGGUUCUCUUUCUCGAAAUAUUGUGUGGAUGUUUU